AUCUCCAUCAUCAUCACUCACAAAUCAAACAUCUCUCUAUAACAACUCAAAACCCUAAUCUCCAAUAAUGGCUCACUGGUUAUCAUCCCUUGUCAUCGCAUUAACAUUCACAAGCUUUUUCACUAGUCUCUCAGCUAGUCGCCACCUUCUUCAAUCAACACCAGCUAUUACCCCACCAGUUACAACAACAUUCCCACCACUUCCCACAACCACAAUGCCACCAUUUCCUCCUUCAACUUCUCUUCCUCAGCCCACGGCGUUUCCGCCACUACCGAGCUCACAAGUACCUUCUUUGCCUAACCAAGCACAACCCAUUAAUAUCCCAAACUUCCCCCAAAUCAAUAUCCCUAACUUCCCAAUUUCUAUCCCAAACAACUUCCCAUUCAAUCUUCCCACCAGCAUACCAACCAUCCCAUUCUUCACUCCACCACCUUCCAAAUGAGAAGCUAAUUAAGCUGUUUAGCUAGCUGCUGCCACACAACACAUGAACACAUUACCAUCUAUCUAUUGUUUGCAUAUUUAUGUUUGUAAUGUUUUUUUUUUUGUAUGUUUGUAGUGUUUAUUAUUCUUUUACCGUCGUUUGAUGUUAUCCUUGUUGUUGUUGUUGUUGUUUUAAUGCUUUUGUAAUAUAUACAGCUUAUUCUU